CUUAUCUAUCCUCUCCUCCACACUUACCUUCCUAAAACGCACAUAUCUAUGGACUAAAAACCAGCUGCCAAAUAUUUCGCUUACGUAUCAUCAAUUAAAAGUACUUUAAGAUUAAUCUUUUCUGCUUUCAAGUAUAGGCCACUGUUUUUGGAUUACGAUUGAGAUUGAACUUCUUUUAACGAAAUCUGGAAGGCAGUAUGAAAGCAGUAGUUGCGAACGGACAACGUGAGAUAGAAUUUGUAACAAACGCAGAAAAACCGGUUCCGAACAAGGGACAGAUCUUAGGACAUGUUUUACAAGUUGGCUUGAAUCCGAUUGACUGGAAAAUCGCAUACAAUGUUCCAAUUCCGAAGGGUACGAUUGGCGGAACAGACUUUGUGGCCAUCGUUGAAGAAGUCGGGGAAGGAGUGGACGCAUCCAAGUACAUAGGAGCUAGAGUUUCAGGUUGGGUCCCUGGAUUUCUCUCGAUUUCGGGCUCUGCUUGGGCUGAAUACGUUUGUACGGAUGCAAGACUUGUAUUCUUUGUUCCGGACAGCAUCGUGUCUUCAAAAGCUUGCGCAGUUCCCGUAGCUCUUACUACAGCUUCACAAGGAAUCCACCAGCGCAUUGGAUUACCAAUGCCUAAUCCCGAUGGUUCUGUUAAUCCGAUACGUAGGAAAUGGUUUUUGGUUUGGGGAGGCGCUUCGUCAGUCGGUCAAUACGCCAUCCAAUUUGCAAAACUGGGCGGUUGUAACGUAGUCGCAACUUGCUCUCCUAAUAAUUUUGAACAGAUAAAGAAACUCGGUGCAUCUUUCGUUUUUGAUUACCAUGAUAGUCACGUUGUUGAAAAAAUCAAGCAAGCUACAAAUGAUUCGGUCUUUUUUGGCUAUGAUGCCAUCAGUCUUCCACAUACUAUUACGAAAUCUAUCAUGGCGUUCAGCUCAGAAGCAAAAGCUGCUAAAUUAGUCACUGUGUUAGGGCCUCCGGAGAACCCUCGUGCAGAAGCAGUCGACACGAUAACUGUUUUUAGUUUUACUGCGUUCAAUGAGGAGUUUGAAUUUUUUGGUGAGAAAAUGGUAGGUAACGAUGAGGAUUAUGAACACACCGCAAAGCUUUUCGAGUUGGUGUCUACACUAUUAGAAAAAGGCAUCAUAGUUCCCAAUGCUACUAGGGAGUUUCAUGGUGGUUUGGAGGUGAUUCCUGAUGCUUUAAGAGAGUUUGCAUCUGGGAACCACAGUGCUGUAAAGUUUGUCAUUAAUGUUUAAAGUAAAUGAUAAUUUUUUGAUUUUGUUAUUCUUUAUUUCAUUUUUAGGAAAAGUUUCUAUCGAAUCAACUUUUGUUUAAAUAAAUGAAAUAUUCACUCUUUUUUUUU